CCUUUGGGAAAAAUAUUCUGCCUCUUAAUAUUUCCCCAAAGUAUUUCAUUCUUCGGGCGGGUGUGUGUGUGCAAUGAUUAGGGAUCUGUUUUCGGAAGUGACCCCCCCCCCCUUUCCUCUCUUCUCUUGCCCAGUUGCAGACUGCAAAGCGCCCCGAGAAAUCUCGCACGGCUUCGUCACCUUCUCCACCCCCCAAAACCUGACCACGUACCAGGCUGAGAUCCGGUAUUCCUGCCAAGAGCCCUUCUACCAAAUGGUUCCCAACAUCACAGGAAUCUUCACCUGUGACACCAAAGGUGCUUGGAGAAGCAGCGAGCUGGGGACCCAUCUACCCUCCUGCCAGCCAGUGUGUGGACAGCCCAGCCGCGCUCUGCCCACUUUGGUCAAGAGGAUAAUCGGUGGGAGAAACGCAGAGCCUGGUUUUUUCCCCUGGCAAGCUCUGAUCGUGGUGGAGGACACUUCACGGGUGCCUAACGAACGGUGGUUCGGGAGCGGGGCCCUCCUCUCCGAGUCGUGGGUCUUGACCGCCGCCCACGUCCUCCGCUCCCAGCGACGGGACAACACCCUGAUCGCCGUCUCCAAAGAGCACGUCAACGUCUACCUGGGCCUUCACGACGUCCGGAACAAAAUCGACGCGGUCAACCGGACGGUGGAGAAGAUCAUCCUCCAUGAAUCCUUCGACAUCCAGAAUUACAACCACGACAUCGCGUUGGUCAAGCUGAAGGAGAAGGUGGCCAUGGGGCCUUACAUCAUGCCGGUUUGCCUCCCCCAGGAUCCACACGAAUUAGGGGGACCUCAAGCCAACACGCUGGGCUUGGUGGCCGGUUGGGGAAUCUCCAACCCCAACGUCACGGUGGACGAGGUGAUCAGUUCUGGGAUGCAGACCUUGUCGGACGUCCUCCAGUACGUGAAGCUACCUGUGGUCCUCCACGCGGAGUGCAAGACCAGUUACGAAUCCAGAUCUGGCAACUACAGCGUGACGGAGAAUAUGUUCUGCGCCGGUUAUUACGAAGGAGGGAAGGACACCUGCCUUGGGGACAGCGGUGGUGCGUUUGUCAUCCGAGACCUGGACAAUCGGCGGUGGGUGGCCCAAGGAUUGGUCUCCUGGGGUGGACCAGAAGAAUGCGGCAGCAAGCAAGUCUACGGGGUAUACACCAAGGUAUCCAACUACGUUGACUGGCUGCAGGAGAAGACAGGGUGGACAUUCCUGAAUUCCAGUCUGGAGAAGAGAUGAACUGCGCUCAACCCAAGGACUGAACUUGUGUUUGAAGGACGUCAAGCGAGCUCAACGACAUUCCAAGUUCUUUGAGGGCAUUCUGGACAGGGAGGAAGAUCUGGAGAUCUUUCCUCCUUGCAUGAAAUUUCAGACACUCCAACUGUAAGAAGAAGAAGCAACAUUACCCCAUUGCCACCAGGCGAACUCCAGAAAGUGUGGCUGGCACGCAUUGAAUGGCGCCCAUGGCAUCGUUUAAAACUUUCUUCCCAGCUUUUCGGUGUUGGCAAAGGGACAACUUAAAGAUGCGCUGAAUUUUGUCAUUUUGUAGACACGGGAAACUUAAGACGGGUGAUUCAAGAUGGGCUAAGACAGAGGUCUUCAAACUUGGCAACUUUAAGACUUGUGGACUUCAAUUCCCAGAAGUCUCAAUUCUGGGAGUUGAAUUCUGGGAGCUGAAGUCCUCAAGUCCAAUUGAGUUGAAGUCAACUCAGCUCUGGGAGUUGAAGUCCCAGAAGUCUCAAUUCUGGGAGUUGAAUUCUGGGAGCUGAAGUUCUCAAGUCAACUCAGUUUGGAAGUGGAAGUCCCAGACGUUUCAAUUCUGGGAGUUGAAUUCUGGGAGCUGAAGUCCUCAAGUCCAAUUGAGUUGAAGUCAACUCAGCUCUGGGAGUUGAAAUCCCAGAAGUCUCAAUUCUGGGAGUUGAAUUCUGGGAGCUGAAGUCCUCAAGUCCAAUUGAGUUGAAGUCAACUCUGUUCUGGGAGUUGAAGUCCCAGAAGUGUCAAUUCUGGGAAUUGAAUUCUGGGAGCUGAAGUCCUCAAGUCCAAUUGAGUUGAAGUCAACUCGCUCUGGGAGUUGAAGUCCCAGAAGUCUCAAUUCUGGGAGUUGAAUUCUGGGAGCUGAAGUCCUCAAGUUCAAGAGUUGAAGUCAACUCAGUUCUGGGAGUUGAAGUCCCAGAAGUCUCAAUUCUGGGAGUUGAAUUCUGGGAGCUGAAGUCCUCAAGUCCAAUUGAGUUGAAGUCAACUCAGCUCUGGGAGU